CUGCGUUGCAAAUAACGGUGGACCCCAAAUACACACCUCGAUUGGCUCACCGCUGCAGGACGUUUCAGUUCAUCGUUACCGGUUAGAUACUUGCGACUCUUACCGAGAUUCACGCAAAGGCGUUUGAGCUGCAGACUCGUCGCUCGCCGUACAGCUGUUAUGGCGGCUGCUACAGACCCCAGGGUACCGAUAAUCAGCUCCGAUCUGGAGCUAAAAGCCUUUAUAAGGGAUAUAAGAACAUUUCCGGAAUCCCACGAAGAGCUCAUGGAUCUAAACUCAAAAGUUAAAGAGAAAAUCACUGAACUCAGACUACGGAUUCAGGAUCUGGAGGAAAUGGGUAAGGAGCAAGACAAGGAGUCCGAAAGGCUUGCCAUGCUCAGUGAGGCGGAAGGCUACCGGAAGCGGCUGCUGAGAGACCAGACGACGUGGAGGAAAGCCAACCUGGCGUGCAGGACGGCCAUCGACAGGCGUCAGCAGGAGGAGCUGCUCGGCGCUUCUGACGUCCCGCUGCGGCCGAGGAAGAUGACCAAAGUGGGCGUGGCCCAGACUGCCGGUCACAUGACCGAAUGUCUGAUGAGCGUCACACGCAUGAUGUCACAGCAGGUUAAAAUGAGUGAGGAGACCAUUGGAACUCUGGCUGCUUCUUCUAGAAUACUGACAGAAACGAAUGAAGAGUUUAAGUCUAUGACGGGGGCUUUGCACUCGGGGGCCAAUCUCCUCAGCAGCUACAGUCAGCAAGAGCUGAUUGACGGGCUGCUUAUCCUCCUCGCCCUGGUCCUAUUUUUGGCAACAGUUCUGUACAUCCUGAAGAAAAGACUGACUCCCCUUUUGUAAUCAGUUGCCCAAUUGCAUCUGUCAGAUAUUUUUCUUCUGAGAAAAUGACAAAUUUAACAAUUAAAAUGUAAUAAUGUAGCACCUCUCUUUAAAAACGAAGUAAUGUUAUGAAGACGGAUACCAUGGUAAUAUUCUGGUUAAGACUUGAAUUGUUAAUAACUGGGUUAAUGGUUUAUUUACUUUGGUCAUUAACCGAUUAGUAAUGGAAGCAAUCCUUUGCAAUAGUGGUUAAUUUUCAUUUCAAGUAUAUUAAUGAACUCAUCGAAUAUUUGUUCAUUUGUGCAACUUUGAUCCAUUUUUUUUUUUAUACUUGUUUGACAUUCAAAUAGGACUUAAUUCUCUGAAUUUCUCCCAUCUUGGGCAGGUCCUCUGAUUAACCAAUCAGCAUGCUUGAGCGUUGGACUCAUUUUGCAUUUAUAAACACUGCUUCUGUGCUUGGGUACCGGCAAAUGUUGUUGAAUAGCCAAAGAGAUGCAGUUUAAGCACCAAAUCUGAGGCACCCACAGCCUCCAUUCUGCCUCAGACCUCCAGACAUGCUGGGUAAUAUUGGCUGAAAUUGAAUAUAUGCAAUUUUUUAUAAAUAACGAUAUAAUAUUUAUUCUCUCAAUGCUGUUUGUGCUGUAUUUUUCAAAUCAAAUAAAGUAUAUAUGCCGAA